AUGAAAAAAAAACUCUUAGUAUUAAAAACAAAAUUAUUCUUGACCGAAAUCAAAUGCAAAAUAUUUAAUGUUGGUUCUAAUAGGUAUGUUAAUUAAAAAUUACCUAGAUCCAACCUUUUUUAAUGCGAAUGA